AAAAAACAUGGCGGACGAACUCACUAAAAUUAGCGCAUAAAAUUGGCCCUCAAUUUCUUGAUAAUCUUGAACGUUAAUUAUGAAUAAAGGGUGUCAAAAGUGCUUCGUUUUGCAGAGGAGGCUACUAGACUGCAGAAAAAGCUUUUGUUCGAAAUCUUCAAGAACGCUAUCAAAGACGAGAGGUGAAGAACGUAGACGUGUGGUGGUCACUGGCUUGGGGUUGGUGUGUCCUCUAGGAGUUGGUACGAAGCAUGUCUGGCAACAACUUAUUAGUGGUCGAUGUGGAAUUACGAAAAUAACUGAUAAAGAUUAUGAUACAAUACCUGCAAAAAUUGCCGGCUUUGUACCUAAAGGGGCUCACAGUGGUCAAUUAGAUAUUGAUGAAUGGCUCAAAGUUGUAGAUAAAAGAAGUACCUCAGAAGAGAGUCUUUUUGCUGUUAUUGCAGCAAGUGAAGCAUUGAAGGACUCUAAAUGGAAACCAACUACAGAAUUAGAAAAACAAAGAACUGGAGUUUGUAUAGGGUCAGGGAUAGGAGGAAUCAAGGAUAUUCCUGUGACAGGGGCAAUACUAAAGAAAGAGGGAUAUCGUAAAGUCAGUCCAUUCUUUGUUCCUCGUAUUUUAGUGAAUAUGCCUGCUGGUGUGGUCAGCAUGCAUUUCGAGUUACAGGGUCCAAAUCAUGCAGCAGCAACGGCCUGUGCAGCAGGAGCACAUGCAAUAGGUGAUGCAUACAGGAUGAUAAUGCAUGGAGAUGCUGAUGUCAUGGUAGCCGGUGGAGCAGAGUCUUGUAUCUCACCACUUAGUAUGGCAGGUUUUUGCAAGGCUCGAGCAUUAACGACCAAGUAUAAUGACAAUCCUCUUGAAGCAUCUCGUCCGUUUGAUAAAGACAGAUCAGGUUUCGUUAUGGGUGAAGGAGCUGGUAUCCUCGUCUUAGAGGAACGAACUCAUGCCAUCUCGCGUGGUGCAGAGAUACAUGCAGAAAUACUUGGAUACGGCAUGUCAGGCGAUGCCUACCACAUAACUGCUCCAAGAGAAGAUGGUCAAGGAGCAUAUCUAGCCAUGAGCGCAGCUUUGAGAGAUGCCGGCCUACAGCCACGCGAUAUUAGCUACAUCAACGCACAUGCUACUUCGACACCAAUUGGUGAUGCAAUAGAAAACAGAGCUAUCCAAAGACUUCUCGGAGACCACAAUAAUAAUGAUAUCAAGGUCUCGUCUACUAAAGGAGCCACAGGACAUCUGUUAGGAGCAGCAGGUGCAGUAGAAGCUAUAUUCACAGUUCUGGCUUUAAAACAUAAAAUGGCUCCCCCGACGUUAAACUUACACAGUUUUGACUCGCCGCAGGAAUUUACUUUGAACUACGUACCAAAUUCACCACAAGAACUGAACCCGACUUCAUCGUCUUCUCCUCUCAUCGCCUUGACGAGUUCUUUCGGGUUUGGCGGCACUAAUGCUUGUUUGUGUAUUGGAGAAGAAAAUUCUUGAUUUAAAGUUACGAUUUUAACUUUGAAUAAUUUUUAAUUUAAUCAAGUUUAAAAAUCUUUGUGUCAAAUAAGUUUAAAUUUAAAAAUCUUUGUUUCAAAUAAGUAGUUUAUUAAAAAAGUUUCUUUUAA